AUGAGGUCGUCAAGUCAAGUCAUGCGCAGAAGAAGAAUGCCAUCCAAACGUAAUGACGAUCAGACUGCAGCACGUAAACGGAAAAUUGCAGAGCUCACGCGUACAAUCAGGAAAAAGUACUUGGCCUUGAAACUGGGUAAAUCUGAGGAGGACGAAUCGCUGAACAAAAUGUUCAAGCCCAUAUCCAAACCAUUGGAAGAAAUUGUGAAAACGUCAAAGGCCAAUCGUGAUUUACUGGCAAGAGCCCAGUUUAGCACCGGUAUGAAGAAAGAAGAGCCACCCGAAUUGAAAAUAGAAGAAGAACAGGCUCAGCAAACGCAGUUUAUUCCAAUGGAAGAGGUGGGUGGAACCGGAAGUUUUGUGGAUGAUAAUGAUCAAUACGAAUAUGAUGAUGAUAUCCUGUUCAACGAAAAUAUCACUCCAGAACAAAGUAUUCCGUAUGAUAGAACAUUGGGAUUACAGCGACAAAAUAGAUCAGAUGUAUGGUCCGAUCCUCAAACGUCGAAAUGGUUUCUGGGAACGCAGGAAAUUGACUUUGAUAAAAGAACUGGAUUCAUUAAGAUUGGUGGUAAACAAGUACGAGGAACUCCAGGGGUGUAUCAGCUCAUUUUCUAUGAUUAUCCUUCAGAUUAUAACGAUGAAGACCUGCAGGCUUACAAGGAAAUUUUGAAGCUGAGUGAUCGCUAUAUAAACAAGGAUGGGAAAUUGAAAGGGUCUAAAAGAUGGAAGUAUACGAACAUCAUCAAGCCACUUAUUGUACAGAUGCGAGAAAACAGCGGUAGGCGUUCAACGAUUGGUAGUGGUUUGACGUACAACGAAAACCUCGUGGAAUAUAUCUAUUGGGACGAUCCAAAUGAACUUGUAGACCGCUUGAAACUACUCAUUGCUUCUAAGGAAGCUGGAAACACAUCACUCGAUAAUGAAAUAGUGGCAAUCGUUAAUGAACUUCGUGAAGCUAACCUUUUAUACUGA